AUGAAAGCAUUUCAAACAUCAAGAGCAGAAUACAUUCCAGUCUUGCGCCAAGACUUCAGCUACAUCAUAGAACCUACAGAGCACCAAAACGAGCUCUUUGGUGCAACGCACGAUACAAAGUUUCGAGAAACAUAUUACGAAGAGAUGAAGCCAGUCGAACGCAAGUACGACGACGUCGAUUCUCCAACUCGCCACAGUGGUAGGCACAGUUCAUCAUCAAGCCAUACUGCAGUCCGCUCAGAUAGAUCCAGCUCUACACUGGCAGCUGACGAGGAGGAAGCAGAGGAUCCGCAUGACAAAUUAUCCGCCGAAAAAGGGGAGAACACUGAGGUAGAUGACACCGAACGUCAGUUUGAUAGUGGGUAUGAAGGAGGUGAAGAGAGUCAAGGGGAAGGAAGUGAAACGUCUAGUCACACAUUAGGACGGUCGGAGGGUUCCAGCUGUACUCUGGGACGAGUCAAGGAUGAGUACGAACACACAGAAGAAGGUGAGUCUGAUGACGAGGGUGACUUGUUUGCACAGAGCUAUCGGAACGGCAGCAGAAAGUGA